ACCAAAACUUCUCAUUUUUAUAUAAUCAUGGCCUCAAAUUUUCUUAAAUCAAUUCCAUUUUUUCUCUUACUUGCAAUGGUCAUGGCAGGUGAUCCAGAUAUCACCACAGACUUUAUAGUUCCUGCAAACGCUAGCGGUAAUUACAACAUAGAUGGGAAUUUCUUUACCUCCACAGGCAUGCGCAGUGUGGUUAACUCUGACUACCCGUCAACCUUCACUGUGACUAAAGCUAGUCUUGCAAACUUUCCAGCUUUGGAUGGUCAGAGUGUCUCUUAUGCUGUUUUACUGUUUCCAGUAGGAGCAAUUAACCCACCUCACACACACCCACGUUCUGCUGAGCUACUCUUUGUAGUAGAGGGGAGUCUGAAUGUUGGAUUCGUUGACACCAAUAACAAGCUUUAUACACAAACACUUGAAGUUGGAGACAUGUUUGUGUUUCCAAAGGGAUUGGUGCACUAUCAAUCAAAUGAUGAUCCAAAACAACCUUCAACCGCAAUCUCUGCUUUUGGAAGUGCUAAUGCAGGCACAGUUUCAAUUCCUCCAAGUGUGUUUACGACUGGCAUUGAUGACACCGUCCUUGCUAAGGCUUUCAAAACUGAUGUUGCAACUAUUCAGAAGCUAAAGGCAGGCCUUGCACCCAAGGCUUAAAUUCAA